AAAGCAGAAACAUCUCCCUUCACCACCUUUUGCCAGCUUUUCAUGCUUCACUGUAGCAUUUCCCAUUGCCCUCAAGUUUUCUAUUUCCAUCUCCUAAUUCUUUGUUCCUGGAGGGAUUUGGUGGUUCACUGUUCCAAACCUUGCGUAAAAAUCAGAUUUUGAUGCAAAGGCGGCCCUGAAACCAACUGGAUCGGCAAUAAAAAUCUGUUUUUUACUCCCAAAUUUGUGUUCUCAUGGGGGUUUAGAUAGCGCCUGCACCUGUCCGUUAGGGGAUGCCAAUCUCUGAUUUGGAGGAUCUUUCUUGUGAGUGCUGUUUUCUUCUUGUAAUCUACUUGAUAUCGGUAAAGAUUACUGACCGUGAGUGCAAUCUUCUUCUCAGUUUCUCUUCUCUGAGAUGAUUUGAUGGAGUUCUUGACUCGCCAUUCGCGCUGAACUCGGAAUGGCGCUGAGAAUUUUGAUCAAAAUCCAAUCUUUAUUUCUCCUGCUUGGCUUCGUCUCGGUCGCCUUCGGCGACACAGACCCUGGUGACUACAAGAUUCUUGAUGAGUUCCGGAAGGGGAUGACCAACGCGGAGCUCCUCAAAUGGCCCGACGACAACGAAGACCCGUGCGGGCCUCCGCGGUGGCCCUACGUCUUCUGCUCCGGCUCUCGCGUCACCCAGAUCCAAGCCAAAAACCUGGGACUCGUCGGCACGCUCCCUCCGGACUUCAACAAGCUCUCCAUGCUCGCCAACAUCGGCCUCCAAGGGAACAACUUCACCGGAACCCUGCCGUCUUUCAAGGGGUUGGCCAGUUUGCAGUACGCCUACCUCGACAACAACCAGUUCGACACGAUCCCCCUCGACUUCUUCGUCGGACUCGAUAGCUUGCAGGUUCUCGCUCUCGACAGGAUCCCUCUGAAUCGAAGCACGGGGUGGAUGGUGCCGGCCGACUUGGCGAACUCUGCUCAGCUGACGAACCUGUCCCUGUCGAACUGUAACCUCGCCGGUCCGCUGCCGGAUUUCAUCGGGAACAUGCGUUCCUUGCUCGUCCUCAAGCUGUCCUACAACCGCCUCACCGGUGAGAUUCCGGCUAGUUAUUCCGGCUUGCCGUUGCAGAUCCUGUGGCUGAACAGCCAGCAGGCGCCGGGGUUGUCGGGCUCCCUCGGCGUUGUUGCCUCCAUGACCUUCCUGACUGAUGCGUGGCUUCACGGGAACCAGCUCUCGGGGACCAUCCCGAGCUCCAUUUCCGCCUUGACCUCCUUGAACCGGCUGUGGCUCAACAACAACCAGCUCGUCGGACUCGUCCCUGCCAACCUGACGAGUUUGCCGCAGCUCCAGUCGUUGCACCUCGACAACAACGCGUUCAUGGGACCGAUCCCCAAGGUGAGCUUCAGCGAUUUCACGUACGCUAACAACCCGUUCUGUCAUCCUACACCGGGAGUUGCCUGCCCGCCGGACGUUGCGGCUCUCCUGGGUUUCCUCGACGGCGUCGGCUACCCUAUGAGGCUCGCGAGGUCUUGGUCUGGGAACGAUUCUUGCACCGGCUCGUGGUUGGGAGUGUCCUGUGCCAGCGGCAAGAUUGCCAUCAUCAAUCUGCCAAACUUCCAUUUGAAUGGUACGCUCAGCCCGUCGCUUGGGGAAUUGGAUUCACUCGUUAAGAUAGCGUUGGGAGGCAACAAUCUCAAUGGCACGAUUCCUUCCAGCCUGACGAGGUUGAAAUCAUUGAGAUCGUUGGAUCUGUCUUCGAACAACCUCUCACCUCCCGUUCCUCAAUUCCCCGCUGGCGUGACAGUCGUUCUGGAUGGGAAUAAGAUGUUGGGUACCUCUACUCCUCCCGGUGGCGAUGCCCCACCGAAAUCACCUGCCUCUUCUGGUGCUUCCUCUUCCUCUUCCAGCUCAAAAACUCUGCUUGUUAUCGUUCCGAUUGCUGUUGUCGUCAUAAUCGUCCUCCUGGCCGUUCUGUUUCUUCUCUGGCGGAAGAAGCGGAAGACGAAGGCGCCGACUGGAAUUGUCAUUCAACCCAGAGACUCUUCCGCUGACCGAGACAACUUCGUCAAGAUCGCGAUCGCCAGCAAUGGCAACAUCAGCGCAUCCGCAAGUGAGCUCCGCAGCAUGAACAGCAGCAGCACAGGGGAGACGCACGUGAUCGAGGCAGGGAACAUGGUGAUAUCGAUCCAGGUUCUUCGAGCUGCCACGGGAAACUUCGCCCCGGAGAACGUGCUUGGCCGGGGAGGGUUCGGCGUGGUCUACAAGGGCGAGUUGCACGAUGGGACGACGAUAGCGGUGAAGAGAACAGAGUCGGCAAGGGUAGGCAACGAGGCCUUGGGCGAGUUCCAAGCAGAGAUCGCCGUGCUGUCCAAGGUUCGCCACCGCCACCUGGUGUCCAUCCUGGGUUACUCCGUGGAGGACAACGAGAGGCUGCUGGUGUACGAGUACAUGCCUCAGGGGGCUCUGAGCAAGCAUCUCUUCCACUGGAAGCAGCUGGGACUGGAGCCAUUGUCGUGGAAGAAGCGGCUUAACAUUGCACUGGAUGUCGCCAGAGGAAUCGAGUACCUCCAUAACUUUGCUAAGGAGUGCUUCAUCCACAGGGAUCUGAAGUCAGCAAACAUACUUCUCGGCGACGACUACCGAGCCAAGGUUUCAGAUUUCGGACUCGCCAAGCUUGCCCCCGACGGGAAGAACUCUGUGGCCACCAGACUCGCCGGCACUUUUGGGUAUUUGGCUCCAGAAUAUGCUGUGACAGGGAAGGUAACGACGAAGGUCGACGUCUUCAGCUUCGGGGUGGUGUUGAUGGAGCUACUGACCGGUUUAAAGGCACUGGACGAGGACCGCCCGGACGAGAGCCGCUACUUGGCCUUCUGGUUCGGCAAGAUGAAGAACACGAGAGAGAAGCUCGAGAGCAUCGUGGACCCGUCGCUGGCGGUGACGGAGGAGACCCUGGAGAGCAUCUGCGUCAUGGCGGAGCUGGCGGGGCACUGCACCGCUCGGGACCCACACCAGCGGCCGGACAUGGGGCACGCGGUGAACGUGCUGGCGCCGCUGGUGGAGAAAUGGAGCCCCGUCGAUGGGGACGAGCCGGAUGACUACCUGGGGAUCGACCUCGACCAGCCGCUUCUCCAGAUGGUGCAGGGGUGGCAGGCGGCGGACGGCGCUGCUUCGGGCGUCGUUUCUUUGAGCGUUGACUGCAGCAAGAUCAGCAUCCCGGCGAGGCCGUCGGGGUUCGCGGAGUCCUUCACCUCCGCAGACGGCCGGUGAGCGACGAAAUGAUGCCAUGUUGCUUUCUUGGAUCUCUGCUUCUGAUAUUGCUUCGAAGACGGAAGUCAGCUCAGUGAUCUCUUUAUAGUCCCAUUUGUUUAAUCUCUGUAGAGAGAGCUCUUUUGGAUUCUGCUUUCUUACAUUUGCUUUGAGAACAAUCCUUGCUUUUCCUCAUCUUUUCGUGAUAUAUAUAUAUA